AUGAAGGUUGUUAUAUGUUUCCUACUUGCCCUAACCGGCGUCCUCAGUAUUGAUGUCAAGUCUCUACUGGAUACAACCUACACUGACAGAGCAGGAAAUAAUGUGACCUUGGCUGAUCUAUCUGGUAAAUACAUCGGACUUUACGACUCUGCUUCCUGGUGUCCUGACUGUCAAGCUUACACCCCGCAAUUGGUGAAGAUCUACAACAAGAUUCAGGCUGAUAAGAACUGGGUGAUUAUCUGGGUUACCGCGGACCAUGAUGAGGAUGCAGCUGCUGACUACUUUAAGGAGAUGCCAUGGAUACGGCUGAAUUGGAGUGAAAAGGAGACCCGCGGAAACAGUAUGUUCAAACUGACUAGACAGAAAUACAUUCCAGCGAUGACUAUGAUUAGUCCUAACUUCAAGAUAAUCAACCGUGAGUGCUCUGACCUGAUCACCUCUGAUCCAGAUGGUUUCCCUUGGCAUAAAUCUGAAUUUUGA